UUUUUAGAAUCAGGAUCAAUAAGCUUGUUUGUUUUCUUUGAGUAAUAUAAACUUUAAUUUUUAUUGUAUUAGCAUUAGUACUAAAAAUUAUUAUUUGUCAACAAUACGGAAUAAAACUGCGUUAUUGUACUGGUGAAGAAGACCGAAAAGUUGACAACAAUGAAGUUUUUAGUUCUUCUCUUGGUGUUUAUUUUGGUGGGUGUCGCAACAUCGCGGAUGGUAUCAUUAGAUACGAUAAACAAACUGGAAGAAAUACUGCGCGAGUACAAAAAUACAGAAGACGAAAAAAGUAAGAGCGUAGAAGAUGCAAACAACAGCGCUGACAAAAUGCAAAGUGGAAAGAAAUGUGUUGAAAGCAGCCGAGAAGCUUUAAAAGAAUGCGUGAAAAAAAGUUUAACAAAAGGUGCCGAAAAGGAAUGUGCCAGACUCUUUAUUAACUCGUAUACCGGUUGUUUCUUCGACAAACAAAGAGACGCGAAAACAGGUUCUGCUUGCAAAUGCUUAAGUCGAUACGAUAACUGUGUUUUAUUUGCAACUCCAGUCGAAGUGUUUCUGUGCAAAAGUAGACGUCGAAAUUGUUUUUCAACAUGCAAGCGCCCUAACGAUGAAGUUGACGAUGUUGAAGUAACUAAAAGAACUAGCUGUAAAAGCGCUUGUGCAGGAGAGGCAGAUGUGUGUAUGCGAGUUAUUACCGCUUUCGCUGAAAAUAUGAUAUGUGUUAUGAACGAGGUAACUUGCAGAAAGGAAUGUAAAGGGUCCAGUUAACUAGGUUUAAAGAACUAAUCCGUUUUAAAACUUAAAACAGAGAGAAGACGAACUAAGGUUUCCAUCAAAGGGGAUAUCUGCAAAAGUUAAUAGGUCAUUCCUUUAUAUGAUAACUACUAAUGGACGAAAAAUUAGCAAACUUUUAAAUAUUUAUAGUAUUUUACUUUUUAGUACAAUUUUUUGAAAUAUAAACAACUUUUA